AUACCCAUUAUAUCUAAGCUACACCUUCUAACUUAUUUUCUCUCUCUCUUUCUCUCUCGCUCGCUCUCUUCUGUGAACGAGGACUUCAGUUUCUUCUUCAUCGUUUGAACUAGAUUCUCUCUUUCUUCGCUCUGUCCAGUGGGUUAUUUCAUCGAAUAGCUUUCGAGCUUCCGUUUCAGCACAAAAUCCCAAAUGGGUUUUCAUGCAUUGUAUUUCUAGAACAUAGCUCUUUCAAUCUUUUCAAAACAAAUCCUUUGAUUUUUGUUGAUAUUUUGCGUUGGAGAGUUGGCGUUUGUGAUUAUCGUGCUAGCUUUUUCUUAUUUGGAAUGGGUAGUUUUUAAGUAAAGGAUUAAGGAAAAGUUUGUUGGGGGUCGUCUGGAGGGUUAGGGUUUUUAUUUGUUUGUUUAGCGAGAAAAUUUUUGUUUUUAAUGUUGGGUUUUCUUUAGUUCUACUGGGUUAUCGUUUUCCUUUUAGUUUAAUUAAAAAAAAGGGUAAAAAGGGAAUUUAUGGCACCAGCUACCAACUGGCUUUCGUUUUCACUAUCUCCAAUGGAAAUGUUGAGGUCAUCUGAAUCUCAGUUCAUAUCUUAUGAGGGCUCCUCCACUGCCUCUCCUCACUAUUUGAUUGAUAACUUUUAUAAUAACGGCUGGGGAAGUACCAAGCAGGAAGCUCAAGAAGCAACAACAAUGGCAGAAACCUCGAUUCUCACAAGCUUUAUGAACCCAGAAACCCACCAUCAACAAGCACCAAAACUCGAGGACUUUCUUGGGGAUUCAUCAUCAUUUGUUCGAUACUCGGAUAAUAGCCAAACGGAGACCCAAGACUCAUCUCUUACUCACAUCUAUGACCAGGGUUCUGCUGCUUACUUCAGCGACCAGCAAGAUCUCAAGGCGAUUGCUGGGUUCCAAGCCUUCUCAACAAACUCCGGGUCGGAGGUUGAUGACUCUGCCUCGAUAGCCAGAACUCAGCUUGGCGGCGUUGAGUUAUUGGGUCACUCGGUUGAAUCAACCGGAAACGAACUGGGGUUCUCCAGUUGCAACGGUGCAGAUAACGCGUUGUCACUUGCGGUUAAUAAUCAGAGUUCCACAGAGAAGGCUAUUGUUCCAGCUGAAUCUGAUUGCACUAAAAAGAUUGCUGAUACUUUUGGCCAGCGAACUUCAAUUUACAGAGGAGUCACUAGGCACAGAUGGACAGGUAGAUAUGAGGCGCAUCUGUGGGAUAACAGCUGUAGGAGAGAGGGCCAGGCCAGAAAAGGGCGUCAAGUAUACUUGGGUGGAUAUGAUAAGGAAGAAAAGGCAGCUAGGGCUUAUGAUUUGGCUGCUCUGAAAUACUGGGGUCCCACUGCAACCACCAACUUCCCUGUUACACACUAUACCAAAGAACUAGAGGAGAUGAAAUAUGUCUCGAAACAAGAAUUCAUUGCCUCUCUGAGGAGGAAGAGUAGUGGGUUCUCAAGGGGAGCCUCUAUAUACAGAGGAGUAACAAGGCAUCAUCAACAGGGUCGUUGGCAAGCGAGAAUAGGUCGUGUUGCUGGAAACAAAGACCUAUACCUUGGGACAUUUGCCACUGAAGAGGAAGCAGCUGAGGCAUAUGAUAUUGCAGCCAUAAAGUUUCGGGGUAUGAAUGCAGUGACAAAUUUUGAGAUGAACCGAUAUGAUGUGGAAGCUAUCAUGAAGAGUGCUCUACCUAUUGGUGGGGCAGCGAAGCGGUUGAAGCUCUCGCUUGAAUCCGAGCAGAAACCAAUGCUGAACCUUGAGCAGCAGCCUCAGAGUAGCAGCAAUAAUAUCAGUUUUGGUUCAAAUCCAAUGCCAACUGUGUCUGCUAUCCCUUGUGGCAUCCCCUUCGAAAACACAACAGCACUCUAUCAUCACAAUCUCUUCCACCACCUUCAAUCUGCUAACAACUAUGGUGGGACUGAUUCUUCUGGCUCCACCUCAUCGAUGGCCAGUCCGAUGACUUUAUUGCCACCGCAAACAGCUGCAGCUGAGUUUUUUAUAUGGCCUCAUCAAUCCUAUUGACCAAAGUAGUUUUAACUUUAGAAAAGCAGCUAACAUGUAGCGAAACUGGCUGGAGGAUCAGAUGGAUCUUCCCAGCUGACAGAAUUGCCGACUGUUUUAGCUUAAUGUACCUCUUUAAUUAACUUUAGCAGGAGUAGAAAAGAAAGACAAGGAGGUUUCCCUUUUUCCCUUUUCCUUCUUUUUAGUUGUAAUGGCUAAAGUUUCAGAUACAGUGGGAUGCUGGAUUUUGUAAGUAGCUUGUCUGAAAUAUGUGAUGAAUGAUGGGGCAUCCAUUUGCUUUACCA